AUGAUCAAGACUACAAGCAAGCGGAAAUCCGAGAGCGCGUUGCCGAGCGGCAAGAGCAAGCAACGCAAGACUUCCGCCGCGUCAAACGACGAAGAAGAAGCAGGUUCAAGCCAAGAAAGUGAUCAGAUGUUCGCGGAAGAGAAAACUGCUGCUCCGAAGCACGUCAAGAAAGUUAGGAAGUCUGAGCCUGUAGCACGCGUGGCGCAGAAUGAUGAGUAUGAGGAGGAUGAGGGACGGAUGGAGAGUCAGCAGUUCCUAGCACUGGUUGAAUUCGAGAGCAAGAAGAAGAAGCGCGCUGCUAAGGCUGCGUUGGAGUACAUGGAGAGGUUCACGGAGAAUAUCGACUCUACUAAUGAUGGACUGAAGAUGCGUCUCGCGAACCUGGCUGCUGCUUCUACGAAUCAAACAACUACCUUCCUGAAGAACUAUCAAAAUGCCUACGGCGCCUCUCGUCCCCUCCCUUCACCACCUCAAGACUCGGACACCCCUCCAGAAGAUCUCUGUUUCGUAACCCUGUUCGACCAUUCCCAGUCCCUAAUCGACACAGCGCGCGCUAUCAUCACAUCCUUUGAAACCGCCAACGAGAAGACGGAGAAGUGCGAAGUAGCAGAACUCUUGAGCAGUGAUUGGGACGACCGACUUGAUUCCGCGGCCAAGGUUCUGGCUGUGGGUUGUAACGUGGGAUUGGAGAAGUACCAAGCAUUGCUGCAGGGAGCGGGGAAGCCGGUUCUGGAGGGUGAGGAGGAGGAGGUUUAUCUUAGGGCUCUGUAUGGGGUGGAUGGGGAGAAGGCUUAUGAGGAGGCGGAGAGUGAGGGGGUGUUUGAGUAUGGGUGGGGGAAGGUGGCGAAGAAGGGUGAGAAGGGGUUGAGGAAGUUUGUUAAGUUUCAGAGGGUUGGUGGUGCUUGA